UUUUUGGGAAAGGAGCAGGGCUGGGUGCUGUCCUGGCACCUGAGGCACCCUGUGGCCAUCACCCUGCUGUGCUGGGCAGGAUGGGCCAGCAGGGAACUGAAACAUCCUCACCCAGCUCAGCUGCAGGGCUUCCCUAAACUCAAACCAUAACCAGAGUCCUGCACACACACACACACACACAGCUGCAAAGGGGCAAAAAGGAGAUUUAUGUCCAGAAGUAAAAGUGCCUUUGGUUCCCAGGCUCUGCCACCAAGAUAAUUCACAUUUUCCAAGGUGUAUUUAUCUGCCUGACUGCACUUUAAGGAAAAAUAAGCAGCUGGUUUGUGAUUUCUUGUUAGAGGUGUCACAGGUCUCCUGAGCCUUAUCUUGGCCACCAGAUGAGUGAAUGUUCUGUGGAAGUGAAGCUCAGGUAUAAAUGUGAAAGGAUCUAGACUGUUUCUUUUCUUGUUCAUUUUACAGCUACACUGGGUCUGACUGUUCCAGCUGGAAAAAGACCCCAAGACUCAGAACAAAAACCAAAAUGAGUGCAACCCUGGACUUCUUGCAACAAAAUAAGGUCAAAAUAUUAUUGGAGAGUAUUCCUUAGGAGUUGUUUUUCAUCUCUCAUCUUCAAGGGAGAAGGCACCCAAGAGGGCCCCAAACUGCACUCCAAGGGAUCAUCUCCAUGCUGCAGGUCACACCUGUGUUCUCAAAGAUGCUUUCAUGUAUGGGAGUCCAGCUGAAAUAGCAAAUCUGAGCUCCACAGAUGAGUUUGAUGCAGCCCUGGCCAUUCACCUCUAUAAAGCAGGCAGACUGCUGCAAGGGAGCAGAAUUCCUUUUGGAAUCAUCUUUGGUGGGACAGAUGUAAAUGAAGAUGUCAAAUGCAGAGAGAAGUGCCAGGUGAUGGGAGCAGUGCUGCAGGAAGCCAGGUUUGCAGUGGCUUUCUCGGUGGAAAUGAAGGAGCUGGCAGCAGCAGAGUGGCCAGAUGCUAGGAAGAAAAUAUAUGUCCAGAGUCAAGGAAUUAAGACUACACCCAGUGAAACAUUUGACUGGUACAGAUUUCUACAAAAUGCAGACAUUCCCACAGACACAGACAGUUUACAUCUGUUUCUUCUGGUGUGUGGGCUCCGGAGAGUCAAGGACCCUCUGUAUUUAGUAGAAGUUUUCUCAGAUUGGCACAGAAAGGAUCCCAGUGUCCACCUGGGCAUUAUUGGACCUGCAGUUGAUCCCCUUUUUAGCACUGAAGUUAAGGAGAAGGUUAAAAGGCUCCCUGGGGUGCACGUGCUGCAGGAGCUGCCCCAGCAGGAGCUGCACGCCGCUGUCAGGAGAAGCUUUGCCGUGGUGAACAGCUCCAUGUCAGAGGGGAUGUCUGCUGCCAUCCUGGAGGCAAUGGAUUUAGAUAUUCCAGUGCUGGCAAGGAACAUUCCUGGGAAUGCAGCAAUAAUAAAACACAGGGAAACAGGACUGCUGUUUUCAACUCCCCAGGAGUUUGUUAUGCUGUCCAAGAGUUUAAUGAACGACCCCAUUAUGGAAAAGGAAAUUAUAACACGGGCCAAAGCCUACGUGAAGAAACAUCAUUGCUGGGAAGGUGAAAGGAAAACCUACCAGACUCUGGUGCUGAGACUGCAGUGACUUUGCAGGAGUGCAGCUGGCAGCCACUGGAGCUCUGUAACGAUGGAAAUGUCACUAGCUUUGGCUUUGUCUUGGCUGCUGUUUACAGGGCUGGGCAGAGGGGCAGUGUUACUGUGCUGGCACAUACCCAGAGCACCCAGAGCCUGCCAGCUGUGCAGCUCUGUUCCAGCUGUGCAGCUCUGUGCCAGCUGUGCAGCUCUGUGCCAGCUGUGCAGCCCAGCCCUG